UCCACCCCCCAGCCGGCCAUGACCACCCAGGAGCUAGAUCACCAGCACCAUCAUUUAGGGGGGUCACAAACACCACACGACAUAUCCAACUCCACAAAUUCUACACCGACAAACGUAUCUUCAAAAUCAGCUUUUAUAGAAUUACAACAGCAUGGGUACGGUCCUUUCAAAGGUGGUUACCAACAUCCCCACCAUUUUGGGAGUCCGGGUGCUCAACAAAAUCCUCACGAGGCCUCAGGGUUUCCGAGCCCGAGGUCUUUAGGGUAUCCCUUCCCUCCUAUGCAUCAGAACACGUAUGGUUAUCAUUUAGGUUCCUACGCCCCACAGUGCGCAAGUCCGCCUAAAGACGAAAAAUGUGGGCUAUCAGAUGACCCUGGUCUAAGAGUGAAUGGGAAAGGGAAGAAGAUGAGGAAGCCUAGAACCAUAUACUCCAGUCUUCAGCUCCAACAAUUAAACAGGCGGUUUCAGAGGACGCAGUACCUCGCUUUACCAGAAAGGGCAGAACUAGCAGCUAGCUUAGGGUUAACGCAGACACAGGUCAAGAUAUGGUUCCAAAAUCGGCGCAGUAAAUACAAAAAGAUGAUGAAGGCAGCGCAAGUGGGCGCAGCACCACCCGGUUUAGGGCUCCCACCCGGGAGCCCCCCUAAUAACAAUCAACUACUCCAUGGUGGAGGAGGUAGUUCCAGUGGCUCUCAACAUUCCCCGUCCGCGUACCAAAGUGGGCCGACGCAAGCCCACUCGCCCACGCCUAGUUCGACGCCGGUCUCAGAGCUAUCCCCAGGCCUAUCCCCGACUGGGACGCCGUGGGAUGUGAAGCAACCGCCGCAACCGUCUUGGGAUGUAAAGGUUGGAUAUCCGACGGCUGGCCGCUCACCGGAUGGCACUUCUUGUGAUGUGAAGCCUCCACACCAGCAGUCGUGGGACCCGAGGGUCGGUUAUGGCGCGCCCCCCGGCCCUUGGGACAUGAAGGGCGCGCACCACGCCCUCCACCACCAGGGAGCCCCGCAACCGCACCCGCCCUACGUCCCUCAGUACUCCUGGUAUCAGGCUGAUGCAAACCCUGGACUUUUGACGGUCUGGCCUGCCGUCUAACGAUCGUCCGGCUCGAAAAAAAACAAAAAAUAACACUAAAUAAUAAUAAUAUAUCACGUAACGCUAAACGCGCACUAUGCGCAUGAAAUGGCGCACCGCGCGCACAAAAUGGCGGUCCUAAUAAAGAACGGCACAACCAAGAUUAUUGUUAUAAAAAUUAUUUAAUAGUAAUAAAGAAAAAUCAUUGUAAAUUUCUAAUAAAUAAUAAAUAGGAUAAAUGUUUAUAAUGGUUAUUGUAAAUUUAAUGUAAGAAAUGCUGAAUUUAGUAACGGUGGCCACGACGAAUUUAAUAAAAUCAUUUAAAUAAAUAAAUAAAUAUUAUAAAGUUUGUUAUAAUUUUUCCUCGCAGCGUAUGCCAUUAUGAAUUAUAUAAUAAAAAAAAUGUACAAUGUUGACUGAUGUACAUAAUAAUGUCAUAGAAAUUGUAUUCUUUUUUAUUUUUGUUGUAUAUAUGUUCAACAAUGUUGUAUGUAAUAUAACUAUAUAUUCAUUGGAAGUUGUGCAAUAAAUGUGUAAGGAUGGAGUUUUUUGUGAUUUAUUUGGAUAGUUUUUCCAUUUUCAGUAAAAAUUUCGUGUGGUCACCGAGGUAAGUUUUAAAGUCAGUGUUGCCAGCUGACAAUUGAAAAUAAUAUUAUAUAGAGUAAUCUUGUGUAUGUACAAGUUUAUGAUUGCAACACUGACAGCAAUAGCAAAUUUUUAUUUCACUUUUCAGCCGUCUUUAAGAAUAGUUGCUACAUUUAAUAAUUUUGAUUUUUUUCUUCUUAUGUUUAAUUAUUUUUUAAAUAAAAAAUAUGUAUGUAGUUCCAAAUAUAUCACCUAAAUAUUGGUGCUGCUUAUUGUAACGAUGGCUGACAAAUUUGCUACCAUUAAAAAGUUAACUAAGCUUUAAAGACAUUUUUUUAUUUAUUUUAUAGUAUUUAUCAUUAAAAUCAAACGGGAACACAAACCAGUCUGUUGUGAUACAUAAUUUUAAGUUUUUUUUAAUGGCGUCGUAUCAAUAAACGUAAUUUUAAUCUAAAGAGUCUCUAUAUAAUUAAUUAACAGCUACCUAAUAAAAAAAUACAUUUAUUUAUAUGACGUCCAGUUUUUCCGGUGAACUAUGUUGUAUUUAUAACAAAAAAUUGUUCAAAAUCGUGUUCUAUAUGCAAAUCUAUUUAUGCUGUUAUUAUUUCUAAUGCAAUCUGAAUUUAUUUGUAAUACAUACUAUAGUCUGUUAGUACAAAAACUUUGACAGAUGACAGAUAAAAUCGUAAUUUUUUUUCAGCCGCUGACAGUCCUGUCAAUAUAUCAUUAGCAGUAAACACGUAUGAACUUUUUUUAAAUAUUACGAAAUUAAUAACAAAGUUUUUGACUAAAAACAGACUAAGGUAUAACUAGAAUGGGUCUUACGGGAAGUCUAUGUAAAUACGUUUUGUAAUAUAUAGAGAAUAUAUACAUAUAAAUAUAGUUUAGAUAGUAUAAUUACUUUACAAUUACUAUGUAUUAUAAGAAAAACGGAAACAAAAAAAUGAAUUAAUUUCUUUGUCAAAUAAAAAAUUGCAAAAGAUUUCA